AUGGAAUUCAAAUUAUUUCCACAGUUCCGAAGUCACCGUAAUGUACCGUAUAGCAGUGCUACCACAGUUUCCGCAGUGAAUCUGAUAAGUGCGGUAGAGACUGUUCAGGAAGGGGUAGAUAGAUUCCUAAAUACAAAGAAGAAUGGAGAUGUGGCAGCAGAUGGUGCCGGUGUGGCUCGCGAGAUCAGUGGUGACGAUCGUAGUGAUCAUGUCGUGACCUACCGCAUGAGCCGCUCGAGGUCGGCCUCAAGGUCCAGCCGCAGCAGCUCCGACUCGGACCACUCUUCCGCCUCUUCGAACUCGCAGGACAGGACAGUGGCCGGCAACUCUCGGUCGAGGUCAACGUCUCGUGAGAGGAGCGUUGACAAGGGGAGCGGCAGAAGCUACAGCUCACCCCUAGCUCCUCCGGUGCCGGAUAUCCGCAUUCCGAGAAGGGAUGAGUUUCGUUCAGCCAAAGACGAGGUACCAGCGCCUCCAGCAGUGCCGCAGAAGACACUCCGGGUAAGAGUGUCUAUUUCGGAGAGAGCUGCCGCUUGUUGCCUCUCCACUCGGGGAGGUACCAGCGAUCGACGAACAGCUCCCGCGAGACAACGACCGUGCCAUCCUCAUACGCGAACAGAACUUCGCACUUUACACGAGACAUUGCUGAAUGUUCUCAACAUAGUGGAGCUGAUCCGAAAACUGGGCUCAGACGGACAAGGAAGCGCCUUCGCAGCCUCAGUGAUCGGAUAUAUCGAAAUACUGGACACCCUUGUAUCAGGGUCCCUGAUGGACCUAAUUAUACUUCGCAGAGAGCGGUUCCUCAAAGCACUGGGAGUUGAACCGAGGAGAGCGAUGCCUUCGUAUCGCAGACUACCACUAGCGGGCUCAACUAUGGUGCAUCACGUGCGUCAGACACUGAUCCCGGACCUGUUCGGGAAGGAACUGCGCGAUGAAUUAGCCUCAGCAGACUCCGCCAUAACAAAAUCCUUGCAGAAACUGAGAGCACAGAGCGCCAAGAAGAGAAAGGCCACACCACCGCGUCACUCGAAGGACAGGUUGGUCUCUUCAGACGGUUCUAUCUCUCAUUUGUCGCUUGUUUCGAUUUCCGAUAGAGAGUCGGUUUGCAAGGGUAGCGCUGUAGCACUUAGUCCUCAUACUGGUCGCAUAGCGGGUAGGCUAGCCGACUUUCCUAGAAGCAUGGGGGACGAUCUCGGGUACCGGAUCCCUUUUGGUAGUACUAAACCUUGCCUUUCACUUCCAUUGAGGCAGAUUCUAGCGACUCCCGCCAAUCUUGCGGACGAGUUAUCUUUACUUUGGAAAAAGGGCGUUAUAGAGAAGGCUCCCCUUAACUCUGAAGUUUGGGUCUCUUCAAUGUUUGGUAUUCCCAAGAAGGAUGGCUCCACAAGACCCAUAAUAAAUCUGAGGCCUCUCAAUGCCUACCUUGAUAUCCCCCAUUUCAAAAUGGACAACCUGCACACGGUAGCAGAUGUGGCUUUCAAAGGGGAUUUCUGUGCCAAAAUCGAUAUGCGCGACGCUUAUUUCGCAAUAAACAUAUCUAUAGAACACAGAAAUUACCUGGCGUUUUGGUGGGACCCAGACUCUGUACAGAUUCACCUGCUUACCAUUCGGGUUGGCAACGGCCCCUAUGUAUACACCAAGCUAAUGCGAGUAGUGGCCGCGCAUUUUCGUGCGCGCGGCAUAAGAGUUAUCAACUACUUGGAUGACUGGGCCUUUUUUGCGGACACGGAGAGUGAGUGUCGCCAACAGGUUGCUUACGCCAUUCAGUUUUUCGAGUACUUGGGUCUCUCUAUAAAUUUACCCAAAUCUCGAUUGAUCCCUUGCCAAGAGUUUGAAUUCUUAGGCUUGAUCAUAGAUACAGGGAGAGGAGAGUUUAGAAUUCCUCCCAGCAAGCUUGAGCAAAUCCAGACAGAAGCCUCGUUUCUAGUUCAGAAAAGAGUUAUAUUGGCGAGAGAACUCUCGGCCUUUCUAGGACGCGUCAACUUCGUAGCAAUGGCCUCCCCCUAUUCUACCCAUAUGACGCGGCGUCUGCAGCGCGAGCUGGCCAAUAAGACAAAUCCGUUGAUCAAAGAGUCAUUCAACAAUACAAUAGCACUAGAAGAAGAAACUAAUGCGGACCUUCUCUGGUUCCGCGAUAAUCUCAGUGCUUACGCCAGUCACCCAUUCACUCACUUCUCUCCUGAUACCUCUAUAGUGACGGAUGCCUCCAAGAGAGGUUGGGGAGCGGUUUGUAAUGGUAGGCGCACAGGGGGAAGAUGGUCCGAGCAAGAGGCAACUUGCCACAUCAACGUGCUAGAACUCCUGGCAGCCCUAUUUGGAUUACAGUCCUUCGGAGACAAAUGGAAGGAACAUUAG